UCCUUGGCACUUGUUGCUUGUUGCUGCUGUUGCGAGCGUGUCACCCCUCUGGACGUUUCCCCGUGUGGAUAAUGCACUCUAUUGAUCCGCAGGCGCACCAUACCUCCCCAACCGCAGGCGCUAUCCACUCCAAGGGCGCGCAGGAGGCCCCGGAGAUGGCUGUCUACUGCGACAACUUCAGCAUGUACCACCAGCAGAGCCUCCAGAGCACGCAGCGACCUGCCGGCUACGGCCUGGGAGACUACUCCUCCUCUCCUAACCCAUAUCUCUGGUUGAACAGCCCCGGAGUGAACUCCUCAACGUCCUACCUACACGGGAACAAUGCGGCACCUUUCAUCCCGCCGUCAUACGGAUCCCAGAGACAAUUUCUAAGUAAUUCACCUGGAUUUGCCGGGCCAGAUUUAGGAUGGUUGUCGAUAGCAAGCCAGGAGGAGUUGUUGAAGCUGGUGCGUCCUCCUUACUCCUACUCCGCUCUCAUCGCCAUGGCUAUACAAAAUGCACAUGAAAAGAAGCUGACCCUGAGUCAGAUUUAUCAGUACGUCGCUGAUAAUUUCCCUUUCUAUAAGAAGAGCAAGGCUGGGUGGCAAAACUCCAUCCGGCACAACCUCUCUCUCAACGACUGCUUUAAAAAGAUGCCAAGAGACGAGGACGACCCAGGAAAGGGCAACUACUGGACGCUGGACCCCAACUGUGAAAAGAUGUUCGACAACGGCAACUUCCGCAGGAAGAGGAAACGGCGGUCAGACUCCAGCAGCGGCGCAGCAAAGAUGGAGGACGGCCAUUCGACCGGCGGCAUCAAGCCUUCGGACAGUCCCCAGCUGCAGGGGCCGCCCUCCCCAGAGAUGGAGGGGCUGAGCGAGGGACACAAGGGCUCCUCUCCCCCUGGGAUGGCUCCCUGCUUCAACAGCUUCUUCAGCAGCAUGUCCGCGCUGGGCUCGGCCGCCCCCAGCAGACAGGGCUCCCUGGGGCUCGUCAACGAGCUCUCCAGCAGGAACAUUACCGCCCUCAGCCCCUACCAGGCCAGCCCCGGCCAGGACAGCACACCCCCAGAGCAUGUGGACAGCUUGCACUUCAACAGAGGAGUCUACUACAACACGUUUGGGGGGGGGCAGAGCGGACAGUUCAACAGCCAUUUCUACAACAGUUUCAGCGUGAACAGUUUGAUUUACCCCAGAGACGGGACGGACGUGUAGGUGUGGACGCAGCCAGGUCUGGGGGCGGUGGAGAAGGACUCCUGAUCCUCACAGACUGGCCACACAGAGGUGACUCUCAUUAUUCACCUCAUAUGCUUACAAGCUUUCAGUAAACUGGAUGUCCAUCCAAGCACCAAAUAUUGUUUCCUACAAAUCCUUUUCUAAAAUAUUGUUGACACAACAGGAAAGUGUGUUGUUUUUUUUUGUUAUUUGUUUUUUACAGUGAAAAAAAGGCUUUAUGUGAUAGAAAAUAUUUUGGACAGAUAUUCGUUGUUGGAGACCCCCCCCCCCCCCCAUAACAGAGUAGUUGGACAUGAACUGUCAAACAGUCCAGAUUGUUCAGAGAACACUGCGGAAUAUCUUUCCCAACAAUUAGAAAAUCAUGUUUGACCUAUUCAGAGGCCGAACUGUCUGUCUCUAAAUACAUUUAAAACUCAUCUUGAAAGAGUAUUUGUUGAUAGAAUCUCUGGUCCUGCCUGGACUCCACAGACCAUACUGCCAACAGAGAGCUCUGUUCAAACAUCAAAACAUUGUUAGAUUUAUAGGUUUUCUGGCUUUAUCUUUAUUCUAAAAACAUUUUGACUGAAACCAUUGAGGUCCAAAUGUGUGUAAAUGCACUUACAAAUCUUUGUCAUUUGUAAAUUAUAAACAUUAGUUUGCAACUAUUUAUGCUAUUUAUGCUAACCAACAUUUUCUCUGCAUAGAUUAACAUACAUAUCCCAGUGGUAAAGAGAGCCCCACGGCCGAGCACGAUCACCAGUAUCAUGUGCACAGCCUUUAUAAAGACAAUCACAGAUGGUAGGGUUUCAUGUGACAACCAUUGCACAUUUUGUGUAUAUUUAUAAUUUUAUAGUUUUAUCUUAUAAAAUAUGACAUCAAAUGUGUCUGUCAUAAU